CAAUCAGUAGUAAACUGAUUGUACAUUUCGAUAGAAUUAACGCUAUAGGUCCCUACAGAUAAUGACGGCUGCGUGUGAGUUGUCAUGCAGACGUUCUGUAUGCAUUAACUGCUUUGUUUUUAUCGUUAAGUCAACGUUCCGUCGAUUAUCAGACAAAUCCGAAAUCUUGCGCUAGGCCAUCGCAGCUUGAUUCAAGGGAUUGCGUCUGCAGUUUGCGCCUGGACCAGUUCUUUCCAUUAAUAGGGACUUACAGAUUCGCACGAAGACAAUAGGUCUAUGCUACGAUCUACGUCCUUUUAAUGCACUGCCUUGAAUGGAAGUCACACGUUUCAGUCCACGCAAAUCUAAAAGUCCCUAAUGCCUGAAACGCCCUUACGUUAUGUACAAUGGGUCUUGAGAUCAUCGGACUGUAUCGUCUUUUCAGCUCUGGAUCACCAUUAAGUUCUUGAUGAAACAUCGCAGAGAAUUAGGAAGGACUCUUUUCCCUCUGAGAAGACUUUUAUUGUCACUUUCUCUUCAGUCUAAUGGUUUUGCUAUAAAGCCGCUUUUCCAAUCGCCUGAAGGACGUUUUUUUGAAACAGUUUUGUUGUCAACUCACGAAGGUUUACAGUGGUGGUCUGGUGGACAGAUUCACUUGCUAUCAACAAGGCGAUCGAGAAUUUUAAAAUGUGGUAGAGAAAACGAGAGAUUGAACCUUUGGCAAUGUGUGUGAAUCGGAUCUCGAUCUUGUUAACGGAACUGCGAUCAGAAAGAUGGCACACGGCAAUUUGUCCUACCAAUCUCCUACCGACGUCGCUAUCUUCUGGAUUCUUCGUGUAGUCGUACCGGUAGUGGCUCUUGGAGUUAUCCUUGCCAUUGCCUUCCUCAUCUACACAUGCUGCCGCAAGAGAAAAACAGAACACAAAUCAGAAGGUGAUUAUCCUCUGGAGAGAUUUGCGCCCUCUAGGUCCAGUAGUAGAUAUGAGAAGAUUUCCCUGGCAUCAUCUUCAGGUUCGAGCACUUCGGAGGGAUAUGGAUCACUGCAUAGUCACUCCUUGCUGCUUGGCCGCCACGCCUCCUCCGUCCAUGAGUUAACUCCGGUCGACGACGCCAACUAUCUCGACAUCAGCGACGUCGAGACAUCGCCCGGUGACCUGGGUCAGGUUCUCGUCUCGCUGUCGUACAGCAAGUCGAAAGGGUUGACGAUGACGAUACUCGAAGCCACGAAUCUGUUGUUGAGGCCCUUUUCGGAGAGCAUUGAUCCGUAUGUUAGGAUAAGAGUCAAGUCCAAUGAUAAAGAUCAUUUUCAAGAUUUUCAGUUCCAAAGCUCGGUGAAGAGAAAAACACAGAACCCGAUUUUUGAAGAAACUUUUGUCGUAAAUCUGUCCCCCGUAGAGCUCAGGCGCUACGUUAUUCAACUGGUGGUGGUCAACUAUCACAAAUACUCGCGAAAAGACGUGAUUGGCGAGAUUUGUAUACCCCUUCAUGACGUCACGACAACAUACGAGAUUACGAAGGCCUACGAUCUUCAGGCGCCACAAAAGAAAUUGUGCGGUGAGAUACUACUUUCGUUGAGCUACCUGCCGACUUCCAAUCGAUUGCUUCUUGGUAUCUUACGAGCGAGCAAUCUUACAUGUCCAGAUGACUCGAGGAAUAUAGACCCUUGCGUCCAAGCCAGUCUCAUCAUGGGCGGAAGAAAAUACAGGAAAAAGAAGACUGGCGUCGUCACAGCCGAUGUCAACCCCGUAUUCAACGACAAAUUCUUCUUUGAAAUCCCGGCGGAGAAACUGGAACGUAUCCAGAUUCUAGUCGCCGUUACGAACGAGCGAGAGAGCGGACGACAGGACUCGGACACGGACCCCAGUUACAGCGACGCUGAAGUCGGUCAAGUGAUACUGGCCUAUCGGAGCACCCCUCGGGCGCAUGCGCAUUGGAUGAAAAUGAUGAGCAAUCCGAGAGAAAAGUAUUGUCAGUGGUAUGAUUUAACAGUUUAAAAUGUCUUCCAAAAAGCGAUGGGUUGGGAUGGUCGAUUAGAUCCCACUUGUUCGAAAGACCACAAGCUUCGUUCUCUUUGACCUCCGGCACAUCGGCUAUAGUGGGCAACCUUCUCGAAACGAAAGGUUCACCAGACGGAUCACCAGAGGGAUCACCAGACCAUGGGUUUGGGUAGGUAGCGCGAGUAUUGUGCCCAACUCGAACGGGUAAGCCAAAUAUGGCAAACUCUUUUAAUCACGUCCUCUCUGACCUCUAACCUCGGAUAAAUAUUUAAAGCCGAAAGUGAUUCAUUUAAAUUAAGUAUAAAUAUGUGAUUGCCAAGGUGGCUAAGAAUCUUUCACCAUGGAGGAGUGAAAUCACAUGCAGGGCGGAGUGCUCUCACGUGUCGUUGAAUUUGAACAAGUUGUAUUCACUCUUUCCAACUUCCAAAAAAACCAAAA